AUGUCGCUGCUCUGGACCUACUUGGUGCUAGCGCUCAUCUGCAUACUUAGCUUCGCCAUUCGCCUCUUUCCGGUGGUGAUUUGGGGAACGGUGAUCCAUGAGUUCGACCCACAGUUUAACUUUCGUGUGACCAAGUUCCUUGCCGAGUACGGCAUUUACGAGCUCUUGGACUGGUUUGAUGACCGUGCAUGGUACCCUCUUGGUCGCAUUGUAGGUACGACAGUAUAUCCUGGACUUAUGGCCGGCGCAGCAGGUCUGCAAUGGCUGUUGGCGCUUGUACUGCGGCUGCCGAUCUCCACUCGAGAUGCCUGUGUUUUUUUGGCACCAGCAUUCGCGGCACUUGCUUGUGUGGCGCAGUUUCUGCUGACCCACGAAGUGACGGGAGAUAUGCCGACAGCAUUGCUGUCUGCUAUGUUACUUAGUGUGUCGCCCGCAUACAUAUCACGCACAACUGCCGGUUCAUUUGACAACGAGGGCAUUGCAAUCUUUCUUCUGAUUUUCACAUUUUAUCUGUGGAUCAAGUCCAUAAAGAGUGGUGCAAUGCUUUGGGCGGCCUUCACUGCAAUCUCGUACUGUGGUAUGGCACUGUCAUGGGGAGGGUAUGUGUUUAUCAUCAAUAUCAUCCCUAUCCAUGUGCUGGUGCUAUUGCUCUCAAGACAAUAUUCAGCUAGAUUAUAUGUGGCUUACUCAACAUUUUACCCGCUGGUGACGCUGGGGGCGAUGCAAAUUCCGUUUAUUGGAUUUAACGCAGUCCUCAAGGGUGAAACUGCUGGAUCCCAUGGAACGUUCGCACUUUUGCAAGCAUACGCAUUGAUGCGAUGGCUAUCAAUUCAGUUACCAAACGACCAAUUCAUGAGACUCUUUCGAGCUUGUUCUAAGGCUGGCAUAGCUAUCUCUGGAAUUGGCUUAUCACUUUCGAUAUCAUGGGGGAAAUUACAAUGGAGUGGUCGUAGUCUUACGCUACUGGAUCCGACAUAUGCGUCGAAGUAUAUCCCAAUCAUUGCAUCAGUAGGAGAGCACCAACCGACUGUGUGGUCGGCUUAUUACUUCUCGCUAGGACCAGCGAUGCUUUUUAUUCCAUUGGGAAUAUUCUAUUCUUUUCAAAAGCUUGACCCUAAUUACCUGUUCAUGAUUGUAUACAGCACGUUCGCGUUCUACUUUUCAGGUAUAAUGGUUCGUUUGCUGCUAGUUUUGGCCCCGGCAGCUUGUUAUAUGGCGGCUGUUGGAGCGUCGGGCUUCAUGUAUAGAAUAAUCCGAUUUACGCGAAGUGACUCAGAGGAAGAGAGCAAGUCACCAAUUUAUGUCGUGACCGAAAAAUUUACCAUUGAAGGACUCACUGAAAAAGAGGAAGAUUCGCUCGAAUCUCAUGCAGAUGAGAUUUUGUCAGCUCUUGCCGUUAAACUGCGCUUUCAACUCAAUAAAACAGCUGAAGAAGGAAAUUAUCGCAAAUUUAAGGCGCUUCAGCUGCUGGUUUUUGCAUGCGGGUUUCUCCUCUUUAUGCAUUUUCGCCACUCUUUUAAUAUUGCCAGGAAAGUUUACUCAUCGACCUCGCUCGUGUUCCUGACAAUGAACAAAACAACUAAUGACAAAAUAGUACAUGAUGACUAUCGUGAGGCCUUUGCUUGGCUACGGCUGAACACUCCAGAAGAUGCUAAAAUCCUAAGCUGGUGGGAUUAUGGAUACCAGAUCACUACAUUUGCAAAUCGCACCGUGCUCGUUGACAAUAAUACAUGGAACAACACGCACAUCGCAACUGUUGGACGCAUACUGAUGUCGCGUGAAGACGGUGCCUUGCCAAUUUUGCAUAGUCUUGGCGUGGACUAUGUUUUCUUGUUGUUUGGUGGAAAAGUUGGUAUGCCAGGAGAUGACUUGGACAAACUUUCGUGGAUCGUCAAGAUAUCAGGAGGCGUGUUUCCUGACGAUGUGGUGGAGUCUGAAUAUCAAGUGAACGGGCGCUACAUUUUUCACGAGAAUGCGACGCUCGCAAUGCAAGAGAGUGUCCUUUACAAGCUUAGCUAUUUCGAAUUCUGUCACGUUGAGAGUCGUUCUACUACUGAAAAUGAAAAUCCCAACAUUGGAUGGGAUAUGAGUCGUCGAUUUCGGAUUGCACAACGCGACAUCACUCUGCACCAUUUUGAGCAUGUAUUUACAUCGGAAGCUUGGAUGGUUCGAAUAUAUAAGGUCAAGAAAUAA